UUGUGCUUCUUCUCUGACGUCUCUGCUGCUCGUGUGUUUUCAGGAGCGUGCGGGCCGUCACUGUGGAGGUCUGCGGGUGCUCAGCUCUUACUGGGUGGGUGAAGACUCCACAUACAAGUUCUUCGAAGUGAUCCUCAUCGACACCUUCCACAAAGCCAUCAGACGCAACCCCGACACGCAGUGGAUCACCAAGGCUGUGCACAAGCACAGGGAAAUGCGCGGGCUCACGUCUGCCGGCAAGAAGAGCCGUGGUUUGGGCAAGGGCCACAAGUUCCACCUCACUAUUGGCGGCUCUCGGCGCGCAGCCUGGAAGAGACGCAACACCCUGCAGCUGCACCGUUACCGCUAA